GGAUUGACAAGCGUUCCGGUUCAGAACUCAGCUGAAAUACCCGAAAACCAUAGAGCAAGCCGCCAACCUCAUUCCUCGUCCGCUUGACGCUUGUCUGCUUGGCCAACUCUUGUAAAUGUCAGUGUAUCAUGUCAAGCUCUGAGGCUUCAUCUUCGAAUUCUCGAAAGGUGGGACAGCAGGUUGGCGAGGUCAGAUCAGCUCUUCCGCUCGAUAAGCUUGUGCCCUACCUCGAGAAGAAUGUCGAUGGAUGGAAAGGUCCGCUUGAAGUCAAGCAAUUCAAGUUUGGACAGUCCAACCCGACGUACCUUCUUCUGACGCCGUCAAAAUCCUAUGUUCUCCGGCGUCAACCCUCGGGUCCAUUGCUCUCCAAGACGGCCCAUCGGAUUGACAGAGAAUAUCUCAUUCUCUCGUCAUUGAGCAGGUAUAACUGCUCUCUAUCGUCAUCUGAUCGGGAAGACCAUGGUAUACCAAUACCGGAAGUUCAUUGUCUCUGUAUGGACCCUGAAGUAAUUGGCGCAGGGUUCUACGUUAUGGACUUUGUCAAAGGACGGAUCUUUCAAGAUGUCAGAAUGCACCAUUUGAGUGCGAAGGAAAGGCGGGAUUGCUUUCGUUCAGCUGUCGAAACGCUCACGAGAUUAUCUUCCAUCCCCCUGGACCGCUUAGACCUCCCGAAUCCUUUCGCCCCAGACCCAGUGAAGAAGCCAUACUUCUCUCGAAACGUGAACUCACUAUUACGUGUCUCAGAAGCUCAGUCCAGAGCCAAGUCUAAGGAGACUGGCAAAGAAAUCGGAGAGAUAUGGGGAACGUCCAAACUCCGUCCGUGGUUUGAGCAUGGUGCUCAGAAAAUUGCACAGGAAGAAACGCGAUUAGGUGUUGCGGGCGUAGUCCAUGGCGAUUACAAGCUGGACAACUUGAUCUUCCACCCGACAAAACCAAAAGUCAUUGGAAUAUUAGACUGGGAGCUGUGUACACUAGGCUCUCCGCUAGCAGACCUUGCCAACCUUCUCUUACCGUUCUCCUUCGCCCCCGUCAGUGACUCGGCGUUAAAGCAAAUGCUGGGGACGAGAUCGGACGCCACCCUCAUGUUAGGACUCAAGGGUCUGUCUUCCUCCCAGACGGGCUUGCCGUCUCGAGAUGAGCUAGAGUCAUGGUGGGUGGAAGGGAUGAACAGUGAGAGGCGAUGGCAUGCGUCACCGAUGGGCAAUGCGGAAGAUUGCGCACCUCAGUGGUCCUGGCCGAUUCAGCAUAUCGACUGGGUCAGAUCCUGGACAUUGUUCAAAUUAGCCAUCAUCGCUCAAGGAAUAGCUGCUCGUGCAGCUCUCGGUCAAGCCAGUUCUGCGGAUGCCAAAGCGGACAGUAGAGCAGUCUUUGACUUUUUCGGCAAAAUGGCAUGGACAGUCAGAAACGAAGUAGAAGGGGAGAAGUCAAAGCUAUGACAGAG